UGCGGGGGGGGGGGGGCGGCUCCUCCCCCGCUCCGCGAGCUGCUGGUGGGCUGUGCCGGCCUGCGCGCUGCGCCCGUUGCCCUUGGUGUGGCCGCUGCGCGGGGGCUCGGCGGCAGCGACACGCGUCAUGGUGAAUUUCAUCCAAGCUGUGCGUAAUCACUGGAUACACAUCCUUGUUCCCCUAGGAUUUGUGAUUGGAUGUUAUUUGGACAGAAUGAAUGAUGAGAAGCUGUCAGCCUUCAGAAACAAGAGCUUAUUGUAUAGAAGAGAAUUGAAACCUGGUGAAGAAACUACAUGGAAAUAGAAGCUGCUGAUGAAAUCAGAAAUUUCUUCACUUGAUUAAUAAACUUAAAUAACAAAUUCUAAGAA